AUGAAUCUCAUGGGUAGCUUGCCUUUGCAAAUACCUUACUACAAUGAGUCUGAUAGUAGGUUGUCUUUGGAAAGACCUUACUACAAUGAGUCUCAUAGUAGCUUGCCUUUGCAAAUACCUUACUACAAUGAGUCUGAUAGUAGGUUGACUUUGGAAAGACCUUACUACAAUGAGUCUCAUAGUAGCUUGCCUUUGCAAAUACCUUACUACAAUGAGUCUGAUAGUAGGUUGACUUUGGAAAGACCUUACUACAAUGAGUCUCAUAGUAGCUUGCCUUUGCAAAUACCUUACUACAAUGAGUCUGAUAGUAGGUUGACUUUGGAAAGACCUUACUACAAUGAGUCUCAUAGUAGCUUGCCUUUGCAAAUACCUUACUACAAUGAGUCUGAUAGUAGGUUGACUUUGGAAAGACCUUACUACAAUGAGUCUCAUGGGUUGUCUUUGGAAAGACCUUACUACAAUGAGUCUCAUAGUAGCUUGCCUUUGCAAAUACCUUACUACAAUGAGUCUGAUAGUAGGUUGACUUUGGAAAGACCUUACUACAAUGAGUCUCAUAGUAGCUUGCCUUUGCAAAUACCUUACUACAAUGAGUCUGAUAGUAGGUUGACUUUGGAAAGACCUUACUACAAUGAGUCUCAUAGUAGCUUGCCUUUGCAAAUACCUUACUACAACGACUCUUAUUGUGACCUGACUUUGCAAAGACUUUACUACAAUGAGUCUCAUAGUAGCUUGACUAUGCAAAUACCUUACUACAUGUCUACAAUGAGUGGCAUAGCAGGUUGA